AUGAUCACCUUCACUAUCCUCGAGUUUGCUGGUCCAUAUGCGCCUGAGCGAACGCUUCAGGAUGCCGUCAGGAAGAAGGAUUCGGGUGCGGCAGUUUACUACGACGUUAAGAAGUACAGUAACUGUGCUCGUGCCAGUGUCAAGAUCCGCUGGGGUCGCGAUAAGGGCAUGGCGGAAGACGAGUUUGAGAUGCCGGAAACUAUCGCGAUCAACAAGCCCGAGGCAGCACGGGCGUAUAUCGCUACCAUCGCCCUGUUCGAACUGAGUCUGAUCAACAAGAGUCAGGUGGGCUUGCUAUUUUCGAAAGCGUUCAAGGCAUUGUGGGAGGACCUUGAGAAAGAGAAGGGAAGGAAGACCUUGGCUGAGGAUGUGGAGCAGUUGAAGAAGUUGAAGGUGCUGUUGGGUGAUGAAGAAGGCAAACAGAAGGAAGCCACGACAAUCAAGGCGAAGGUGAAGGGUACGGAUACCGGGACUGCCACACCGCAGGAGGAAGUUACAAAUGGUCAGGUUGAGGGUGUCGAGUCCUUCAUGCAAGAAUGGAACCGCAUCUCGAACCGUAAUUCGUACAGAAUCAUGGAGCAGAAGAGGAGAGAUCUGCCCAUGUGGGGCUGGAAGGCACAAAUCUUAAACAUGAUCGAGGAAGAACAAGUGCUCAUUGUCUGCGGUGAAACCGGAUGUGGUAAAUCAACACAGCUACCAAGCUUCUUGUUAGAGCACUCUUUGUCCCGCGGACGGCCUUGCAAAGUCUAUGUCACUGAACCGAGACGUAUCUCUGCGCUUUCGCUGGCUCAGCGUGUUAGCCAGGAGCUUGGUGAACAGCGUGGAGCGAUUGAGAGGGGCCAGAGUGUCGUUGGUUAUGCGAUCAGGUUGGAGAGUAUGGUCACCAGGAAUACCCGACUCGUCUUUGCGACUACUGGUAUUGUGUUGAGGAUGCUUGAGGGAGAGAAUGGGCUGGAGGAGGUAACGCACUUGGUUGUUGAUGAGGUGCACGAGCGGAGUAUUGAUUCCGAUUUCUUGCUCAUUAUCCUCAAGCAACUUCUUCAAAGGCGCAAGGAUUUGAAGGUCAUCCUUAUGUCUGCCACGGUCAACGCGGAGAGAUUCUCCGAGUAUCUUGGAGGGUGCAAGAUCGUCAAUGUACCUGGCCGCACAUUCCCCGUCCAGCAGUACUUCUUGGAAGACGCGUUGGAGGUUACGGGAUACGCGCUCGACGAGACGUCUUGGUAUGCCAAGAAGGAGGCGAGGAUGAAUCGUGGCGGUGCUGUGACGAACUGGGAGGAAGUCGAUGAUGAGGUAGAGGAUCUUGAGGAGACUGAUGCUGUUACGAGUUCUGCUACUGGAUACUCUGCCAUCACCAGGAGGACGCUCGAUAUCAUGGACGAGUACAAGAUCAACUAUGACUUGAUUGUAAGAUUGUUGGAGAAGAUCGCGCUGGAUCCAGACGAGCAAUUUGCCGGGUUCUCUCAGGCUAUUCUUGUCUUCUUGCCUGGUUUGGCAGAGAUUCGACGAUUGCUGGAUGUACUUUCGGCACAUCAGGUGUUUGGCAGGGAACAUCUCUGGGUAUUGCACGCUUUGCAUUCUAGUAUUCCCAGCGAGAAACAAGCUGAAGCCUUCGAGAUUCCACCACCGGGCUGUCGCAAGAUCGUCCUGAGUACGGAUAUCGCGGAAACUGGUGUCACCAUUCCCGAUAUCACCGCCGUCAUCGAUUGUGGUAAGCAUAAGGAGAUGAGAUACGAUGAGAGACGACAGAUGAGCCGCCUUAUCGAAUGUUUCGUGGCAAAGGCAAAUGCAAAGCAGAGACAGGGACGCGCUGGUCGUGUCCAACCUGGUAUCUGUUUCCAUUUGUUCACGAAGGAGCGGCAUGCGAAGAUGCUCGAUAGCCAGAUUCCGGAGAUCAUGAGGCUUAGUCUUCAGGAUCUUGCGUUGAGAGUGAAGAUCUGUAAGUUGGAGGGAUCGAUUGAGUCGGUGCUUGGACAGGCGCUGGAUUCACCUUCGCCGGAUAAUGUGAGAAGGGCGAUCUUGGCUUUGCAGGAGGUUGAUGCGUUAACGACCACGGAGGAUUUGACGCCCUUGGGUAGACAUCUGGCUAUGUUGCCUGUUGAUGUCUACCUCGGAAAGCUGAUCUUGCUUGGUAUUCACUUCAAGUGUCUUGAUGCCGCACUCACAAUCGCUGCUGUCUUGUCCUCCAAGUCACCUUUCGUCACGCCCUUGGGAAUGGAGAAGCAGGCCGAUGCUGCUAAGCAGGUCUUCAAGACUGGCGAAUCCGAUUUCUUGACGGUCUGGACUGCUUACGAUAUCUGGAGAAAAACGUGCAACAACAACCCUCAUCGAGAAGGUGAUUUCUGUAGAAGAUCUUUCUUGAGCGGGAAGAACCUUCGAUCCAUCGAGGAGUUAAGGGGUCAGUAUAUGAGACUCGUCGUGGACGCUGGGUUUGUCUCGCUGGCAGCAGCGGAGAAGCAAAAGAUGAGUCGGUCCCGAUUCGUGAAUGUGCGUGAUGGGUUCUUCGCUGUGCCGCCACAGGUGAACACCCACAUCAAUGAUCACCCUAUCAUUUCGUCCUGCGUUGCUAUGGCUCUUUACCCUCGUCUCUUAACGGUUGAUCUAAACACCAAGACGAUGAAGACUUUGCUGAAGAACCAGCCGGCGCUCAUUCACCCCUCCUCCGUCAACUACCAAGAUCGCCGAAACCUCCAGGCAAAAUUCAUGGCGUACUACACCCUCAUGAAAUCGAAGAAUGUCAAUGCGUUCGAGACAGGAGCUGUGGACGCCUCAGCAGUUGCGCUGCUCUGCGGUGAGGCCGAGUUCAAGUCUUUAUCGGGACUGUUGUUCAUUGAUCAUAAUCGAGUCAAGUUCGCGGUGGAGAACCCUAGGGCCCUUGUUGCUUUGAGGAUUUUGAGGACGCAGAUGGAGAAGGUGCUAGUUAGGUUUUGGAGAAACCCGGGCAAGAUCAUUGCGGAGGAGCAGGAGACGUGGCUCGCAAUUGGCAUGGAGCUGUUGAAGGGAGGAGAAGAGAAGACGCAGAUCGUCGUAUAG